UCGAAGAUAGUAUUUCACAAUGCGAGAAAUGCGGACAUGCUCAUCAUUAAUGGUGAAUGUAGGAAGUAUGCCGUUCGUUUGUGUACCGUGUACGCCAAAAGACAUCCCAACAGACGUCAACCUCUUCAGCCUCUUCAAACAGGAUGUCUGGUAGUUGCCGAGGAAGAAGAGCAGAUAGUACCCCCCGCAAAUUAUGCAAAGCGAGGAGCAGAGAACCUGGGACUUCGGUUCAAUAUGGGAAAAAAGUUUGGCCGCUACUCAUGGCUUAGGUCAGCAGAUUCAACCAGAAGGCGUGUGGAAUUUUACUUAGCUAGCCAACAACGCCUUGCACAACAAAAGCUUCCAGAAGAGCGUGAUGAAUGGAGACCUUUCUAUAAUUAAAUAUGACUGGACAUCACUAUCCGAUAGCUGAUUAUCAGGACAUUUUUCCAAAUCCUAAGAAUGUCGGAAAAUUCUUUGCGAGCACAUUUCAAACAUAAUGCCAUAUCUAGUAUCAUAGAAAAUAGUGUAGAGAAAGGCAUAAUUUUGAUUAAUUUACAUAAAUGUAUUACAGUCUCAUGAUUUUAACCUAAUUGUUAGUCAGUGUAUUACUAUUUGAUUUGCAUAUUCCAAUGGCUGUGUUAAAAAACAUUGUAGAUUAAGUUACUGAGUAAUAAUGAGCAUCCAUUUAAGUGUGAGUAUUUUCAUAUGUGUGAGACUUUUCAGCAAAACAUUUUGCAUAUUAAAAUUACAUAAAAAUAAAAUUAUGUUUAUUUUAUUUUAUAUUCAUAUUUCUUUUUUUAUGUCUAUGGCUGUCAUAGUUAAUGUCAAAAAUAGUACACAAAAUGUAAUCAG